AUGAGGCCCCAUAGCCCUUGGCUUUACCACACACCUGCUCUGCUCCAUCUACUAAAGCCUCCACUAACCCUAGAGCACCCCUGGGCCACCUUGCUCUGCUGGGAAUACAGCACUGGUCCUGACUGUCUGCUCAAAGUAAAGGUCUAUAUCAAUGCUAACCAUACAAACCAGACUGCAUACAUACACUGUGAAACAUGGGUAGGUUAGCACAGUCCAGUCUACUGUGAAUUGAUAUGCUGCUCUAUACUUACUGACUGUCUCAUCCUAUGUGUGUGUGUGUGUGUGUGUGUGUGUGUGUGUGUGUUUUCCAGGCCCAGCACAGGGACUCGUUUGUCCAGGAGCGCUACAGCCAGUAUGACCUCAGUGACCCCUUCCUGGCCCUGCAGCGGGAUAGCCAAACCAUGGAUGACUGGUCCCCCUCAGACCCCCAGGGCAGCGUGGUGGGGCCCAACCCUCUGGCUGUGUUGAAGCUGGUCAUGGCCCACUGCAAGAGGAUGCAGGAGAGGAUGAUGGGACAGCUGGCAGCCGCAGAGAGCAGACACAGGAGGGUAAGGUGGAAAAACACACACACACACACACACUGAUGCCCGAGUGGCAGGUGCUGAGAGAAAAUAAAGGAAGCUAGAGCGUUCUUACACAUUCCAAGUGUUCACACACACACACACACACCCCUCCCCUCUCCCUCCCAGACCAGUGUGUGUGUGUGUGUGUGUGUGUGUGUGUGUGUGUGUGUGUGUGUGUGGUGUGUGUGUGUGUGUGUGGUGUGUGUGUGUGUGUGUGUGUGUGUGUGUUGUGAGGAGAAAUGCGGCCCAGCCCUACUCUUUGUUCCCGGCUGAGGCUGUGGUUGGGUGCUGGCGCUCAGGCUGACACAAUGUGCCUGUUGUCUCUUCUCCAGUCUUCAACAAACCGGACCAGGACAGGCAUACCGCAGCCACACCCAGCCCUGAGAGAGAGAGAGAGAGACGAGAGAGAGAUGAGAGAGAUCGAGAUAUAGAGAGAGAGAGAGAAAGAGAGAGAGAGCGAGAGCGAGAUCGAGAUAGAUCUCUAUUAUCUCUCUCUCUAGCUAUAUAGAGCUCUCUCUCUCUCUCUCUCAUCUCUCUCUCUCGAUCUCUCUUCUCUUCUCUCUCUUUCUCUCUCUCCUCUCUCUCUCUCUCUCUCUCUCUCUCUCUCUCCUCUCUCUCUCCUGCUCUCUCUCUCUCUCUCUUCUCUCUACUCUCUCCUCUCGUCUCUCUCUUCUCUACUCCUUCCUCUCUCUCUCUCUCCCACCCCCUUAGUAUGUUACAGAGAGCUAGUACUCCCAUCUACCAGGAGUAAGGGGGGCAGGGAGGGUGGGAGGGGGAGGGAGAGACCCCACAGAGCCCCAGGACAGCAACACAAUUAGACCCAACCUAAAUCAUGAAAAAACAAAAACAUAAUUACUUGACACAUUGGAAAGACCUAACCAAAAAAACAAAGCAAACUGGAAUGCUAUUUGGCCCUAAACAGAAAGUACACAGUGGCAGACUGACCCAAAAUUAAGGAAAGCUUUGACUAUGUACAGACAGUGAGCAUAGCCUGGCUCUCAAGAGAAGACAAGCCAUGUUCCCACUGACCACAACAUGAGGUGAAAACUGAGCUGCACUUCCUUACCUCCUGCCAAAUGUAUGACCAUAUUAGCGACACAUAUUCCCCUCAGAUUACACAGACCCACAAAGAAUUUGGCAUCAAAGCAAUACGAUUUGUGACCUGUUGUCACAAGAAAAGGGCAACCAGUGAAGCACAAACACUAUUGUAAAUACAAACUAUAUUUUUCUGUCUAUUUAUUUUCCCUUUUGUACUUUAACUAUUUGCACAUUGUUACAACACUGUACAUAGCCAUAAUAUAACAUUUGAAAUGUCUUUAUUCUUUUGAAACUUUUGUGUGUGUAAUGUUUACUGUUAUUUUCUGAUUGUUUAUUUCACUUUUGUUUAUUAUCUAUUUCUGUUGCUUUGGCAAUGUGGCCAACAAAGCCCUUUGAAUUGAAUUGAGAGGGAGAGAGAGAGAGAGAGAGAGAGAGAGAGAGAGAGAGAGAGAGAGAGAGAGAGAGAGAGAGAGAGAGAAAGAAAGAGAGAGGGGGGGGUUACAUUGAUGGCAAAGCCUUAGAAACUAUUGAGGGGGUUCGAUUAAUCUCGCCCGGGCGCCCGUGUAGGCGUGUUUUGCACUGGGUGAAAGUUGAUUGCAUUCGUUUUGGAAAUGGGCCGCCUCCCGGGCGUGAGCCAGGUGCCCUGUUCAAAGCCCAAGGCGAAGUCGGCUCAAAACAAAGGGACGUAGCAUAAUCGAAUCCGCCCACUGUGUUACUUUUGUUAUCUGUGAUCUGAUUGGUCCUCCUCUGUUUGAUUGGCAGGUGAUUGCAGAUCUGGAGGAGGAGAAGCACCGACACGCGCUGGAGUCCGCGCAGGAUGAUGAUGUCACCGCCAUGCUGGAGAAGGAGAGGGAGAAGCUACUGCAGCAGGUGUGUGGGUGUGUGUGUGUGUGUGUGUGUGUGUGUGUGUGUGUGUGUGUGUGUGUGUGUGUGCACGCUAUGUGUGUGUGUCUAAGACAAAAUCAGAGUAAGAGGAGGGACUGUUAAACAUCAGGCGAAGAAUUCCACUCUUUGACAGACAAGCACAUCUGUGUCUGUGGACACACUCUCCUCCCUCCCUCCUCCCUCCCUCCUCUCUCCCUCCUCCCUCCCUCCUCUCUCAAUCCUUUCUCUCUCCUCUCUCCCUCCUUUCUCCCUCCUCCUCCCUCCUACCCCUCCUCCCUCCUCCCUCCCUCCUCCUCCCUCCCCCUCCUCCGUCCCUCCCUCCCUCCCUCCCUCCCUCCCUCCCUCCCUCCCUCCCUCUUCCCUUCCUCCCUCCUCCUCCCUCCCUCCCUCCUCCCUCCUUUCUCCCUUCCUCCUCCUUCUCCCUCCUCCCUCCCUCCCCCGUCCCCUCCCUCCUUCUCCCUCCCUCCCUCCCUCCCUCCCUCCCUCCCUCCUCCCUCCCUCCCUCCCUCCCUCCUCCCUCCCUCCUCUCCCUUCUUCUGGGUCCCCCAUGGCCUCCACACUACUAGCUGAUUUAAGUCUGUGUGAGUAGCCUCAGUUCUCUCUGACUGGAGAUCUAUUGUGUAUCUCAGUGGGGUUGAGGGGUCUAGGCUGACACACACACAACACACACACAUACACACACAACACACACAACACACACACAGGCUGGGCGGCUCCAUAGGAAACAGGGGGAAGAGGCUAUUGUUCAGCUGACCGGCAGCCUGGGGCCCAGGAAAGCCUGAGAUAAUGACUGUCCCUGACCAAUCAAGGUCAGCACACGCAUACACAUUCAGCCUGUGUGUGUGUGUGUGUGUGUGUGUGUGUGUGUUGAUGUUUUCUUGCCUCUGUUUCUGUAUGAUCUAGUAAUGUUCCAAACAGGAGUCACUGUACUGUGAUGUUUUUUCAUUAACUUUUACAUAUCACACUCUAAUGAUUGAUACUGAUAAAAAAAAUAUGAACAUCACUUGAACAGCACAUGGCUCUUUCAGAACAUUUGUUUUGGGAUGAUCCGUUAUGCGUUUUCUUUAAAACCCAUACCACUUUUUCAGUAGAAGAAUACAGAAAUAUAAAGUAACAUAUUUAAUGUGGAAUAUCAGACCCUGGAUGCAGGAGUACUGUGUGUAUAUCUCUCACUCUGCAGCAUUAGGGGUGGAAAUGUAUCUCUACUCUCCUAGACUCUGAUACCCCCAUGUGGUCAGACGUGGAAACUGCUAAAAUAUGUCACUCGUGUGCCUUACAUUUUUGUCAUUUAGCACAGUGUUUCCCAACCCUGGUCCUCCAGUACCCCCAACAGUACACAUUUUUAUUGUAACCUUGGACAAACACACCUCAUUCAACUUGUCAACUAAUCAUCAAGGCCUCAAUGAGCUGAAUGAGGUGUGUUUGUUCAGGGCUACAACAAAACCGGUGUGCUGUUGGGGGUACUGGAGGACCAGGGUUGGGAAACACUGAUUUAGCAGACACUGUUAUCCAGAGCGACUUACAAUUAGUGCAUUCAAUUUAAGAUAGCUAGGUGAGACAACCACAUAUCACAGUCGUAGCAAGUACAUUUUCCGUCAUUAAAUACGUUUUCAGCAAAGGGAAAUACAUGUACAGGUGUGCCUGCAGCAAACCCUUUCCUAUCUGGGAAUUCAAAAAACUUUACUAAGGGAAAUUGAAAGUUUAAAUAUCAACCUCUAUCUCUCUGUGUGUUUCAAGUUGGAGGUGGAGCGUGCAGCAGUGCGUAAACUGCAGAGGGAACAGGAGAGGGCAGUAGGCCAGGCAGAGGAAACUCUGUCCCAACAGCAGCAGCUUUCCUCUGCCCUAACCCUGGAGCUCCAGAGAACCACCAGCCAGGCCUUGGAAGAGGCCCAGAGAGUCAGCCAGCUCCACCUGCAACUCCAGGAGGAGAGCUGUACCGCAGAGAGCCUGAGGGGGGCCCUGGAGGCAGAGAAGGGCAGAGCAGAGAGCCAGCUGGCUGAGUUUGACACGGAGAGGGAACAGUUAAGAGCCAGGAUCAGACGAGAGGAGGAGAGGAGCAAGGAGCUGGAGAGAGAGGUGGAGGAGCUGAGGAGGAGGUUGGAGGCAGGAGGAGAGGAAGGAAUGGUGAGGGAGGCGCAGGAGACUGCGGUGAAGGAGGUGAAACAGCUGAAACAGUCUCCUCCUUCAAAGAGAGUGGCGGCGUCAGCGGUGGCGUCAGCGGUGGCGUCAGCGGCAGUGGUGGUGUCCACCUUGUGCCAGACAGAGCCUGAUGGGAAGGCAAGCGUCGCCCCUAAAUUGACCCCUGUCUCAAAGGUCAACGGCCAUCACCCUAACCCUCCGCGGGACACUGACCCCCCUCAGGAGGGCGGGGCUAUGGAGAACGGUGGGGUAGAGAGCGAGUCCGGAGCAAGUCUUCACUCCCCUCUCCACCCUCACCCUCCUCACCCCCACUCCCACCCUUACCCUAACCUCUCCCCCUCCAGCACGGCCUCCUCCUCCCUCUCCUCCUCCCCCAUCUCCUCCCCCACGCUGGCUAAGCGCCUGGUCAGCCCCGGUGGCUUCCACACGUCCUCCUAUCAGGCUGGAGUCAACCAGCGCUUCCACGCCGCGAGGCACAAGUUCCAGGUGCAGGCUGAGCAGGAGCAGCUCCAGCAGGGUAGCACGGCUCCCCUCUCCCCCCGAGACCUGUCCCCUACCACCACCCCCAUCCCUCCACCCUCAGAGAACAGCACCGCCAAGCAGCUAGCCCGGAACACCGUCACCCAGGUCCUGUCCCGUUUCACUAGCCAGCAGGCAGGGGCCAAACUCCCCCCACUGAACAGCUCUCCGUUUGGGACUGACUACCGGAGCCUGGCAGCCUCCCCUCCCGGGGGGAAAACCUCACCUGGAGGACCCCUGUCUCCAGGUGUACGCUCGCCCCUCACCCCUCGGUCCGAGAGGUGCCACCCGCCCCCCGUUCCUAAGAAACCGGGUAUGAGCCCCUCUCCAGGCUCCCCCGACCCCCAAUCCAGGGCCAGCGUCUUCCCAGAGCUGACGGGGGGCUGUGGGCUAAGCAGCAGUGGGCAGGAGGGGGCUAAGGAGCCAGACCUGGUACUCUCCUCUGGUAGUUAACAGCUAAGGGCCACGGCAGCUAGAAGCUGAUCUAGGAUUAGCAUAGCCUUCCCAAAUCCUUCCCAUCUUCAACCAUUAGGGAGAAAACACAAAACGGACCUAGGAUCAGUAUCUGUGAUCAGCUUUGUCUUAUUCCCCAAGGAGCCAGUGCUCUCCUCCAGCAGCUAGCAUCUAAUGGCCUCCCUCAUUCCAGAUACGCUAGUUGCUCUCUCCCAUUUGCACUUGCUCACUCACCUUUAGGCCCGGGAUUCAAUACGAGCGCUCUAGUCAACAAUGCAGCUUUUAAAGACAAUGUUACUGUGUUAGAAGAAAUCGCAUUCAAGGUAAACGCUGCUGAUGUCAGCUCAAUCGGAAAUGACCUCAGCGAUGGUAAAGAAAGUGAGACAUCUCACAGGCUAAUUUUUUCUGGUGGGGGCGGGAGGGGCGAGCUUUGGGCAUGCUUUCCCGUGUGAGCUUUCGCGGGAAAGCAUGCUCACACAAGAGAGGGAACGCCCACUUACACAGAUACGAACUUUGACAAUUUUUUUCAAUGGUAAACAGCCUUUUUGCGACAUCUUCAUUAUCCACCAUCUUUGAUUACCUUUAAACGUCAAGCGCUUUAAUGUGGGUCCACCGCGGUCUGGAUUGAAUCCUGGCCUUAAUCUCCUGGAUGUCCUCCAGCAGGCAGAAACUGCUCUGCAACUGUCUACCUACCGCUACUUAUACAAACUCUGUAGGCCCUAUUUUGACCACAUAAAUUAGCCACUUAGUAUCAAAUGAAAGCUCAAACACUACCUAUCAAACUGUCUGAAACACUGUCUAGUUCAAAUGAAAUCUAUAAUAUACAGGAAUUUAUUGAUUUAUAAUAAUUAUUUUAUUUUGAAUUUAUGGAUAGUUUUUUAUUCUUUUGAUUUGUAAUAUAUCUUUAUACCUAGUUUCUUGUAUUUCAUAGCUAUGUUUAAAGAGUGAUCUUAUUAAUUAUGCAUUUAGUUAUUCUAGGACAUUAACUGAGUGAGAUAAAAUAAGAUCUCCGUCCACGUCCAAUGAAGCAAUACAAAGGCUGCAUGGAGAGGGAAGUCUUUACAUGGCAACAGGACACAAAUGGCAUCUGUUGAUUACACAUGUAGAUGUAUCAUAGCACUACUUAUAUAGAUGUAUGCUCCCGUCUGACUUUCCCUUGAGUAGUCUGUACUGUAGCUUAUCACCAUAUCUAGCAGUACCUGCACUGAAAGUUAUCAUGACUUUCAUUUUAGUUUGUACAAGAUGACAUUCAGAACAUAGAUUACUAAAGCACAAUGUUGUAAAUAAUACAAAUCAUUCAAAAGUAUAAUUUGAAGCUCUUUGCAUGACACCCCGUUAUGUCUGGUCAUAUUUACGUGUCGUCUACUACAUACACUAGAAUAGUGAAUACACUGGAUGUUUCACAAGGGAAAAAGCCUUCCCUAAGACAUACCUUACACUGGGC